AUGAGCGUGAUACAAGUUGGACCUGAACCUAUGCCAUUAAUAUGCCCUGCUUGCCACGCCAGCGUCAAGAGCAAGGUUGAACACAGCUCCACUACUGGAACACACAUCAUGGCAGCGUUGUUGUGUUUGUGUCUAUGCUGGCCCUGUGUAUGUGUGCCAUACUGUGUAGAUUCCUGUCAGAACGCUGAUCAUUACUGUCCUAGUUGUAACGCGUAUCUUGGAACAUAUAAAAGAUAA